AUGUCGUCGUCGGAAGAGGACUCGAAGAUUGAUUUGUUGGACUCACCGGAUGUGGUGAAGAAGAAGCUGAAGAGAGCGUUCUGCGAACCGGGAAAGAUCGCCGACAACGGGGUGUUGGCCUUCGUUAAGCACGUGGUGUUCUCCCUCUUCGACACGUUUGUGAUCGCACGCAAAGAGGCCAACGGCGGAGACCUGACGUACGCCGCCUACCAGUCCCUCGAAGACGAUUUCGUUCAAUUGCGUUUACAUCCCGGAGACCUGAAGGCGGCCGUUGAGAAGUACUUGAAUCGUCUGUUAGAACCGAUUCGCGAGACAUUCAAAGACCCGAAGCUGAAGAAGUUGACGGACAACGCCUACCCAUCGCUCGACAAAAAGGGCAAAGUAGUGGCCACAAGUGCUAACGAUAUCAAUCCAUCACUGCUGGACAUUCGGGUCGGAAAGAUUGUGGACAUAGAAAAGCAUCCGGACGCCGACUCCCUAUAUGUGUCGCAAAUCGAUUUGGGAGACGCAGACGGCGGCACUCGAACAGUGGUGAGCGGUUUGGCGGCACUCAUGACGCGGGAGUCACUGCACGAGCGACUGGUCGUAGUGUUGGCGAACCUAAAGCCGGCCAAAAUGCGUGGCGUAGAGUCGCGCGGAAUGAUUCUGUGCGCCUCGACAGACGAGCCCAGACAAGUGGAACCGCUAAACCCCCCGCCCGGCAGCCAACCCGGCGAACGGGUGUUCGUCGAGGGCUACUCCCGGCCCGCGUCCGACACUUGGGAACAGUUGAACCCCAAGAAGAAGGUGUGGGAGAAGUUGCAGACAGAUCUACGCACUUCUCACAAUGGUUUGGCCGAGUGGUCGGGCAAUCCGUUGGUCACCACCCGUGGCCUCAUCACGUGCAAGUCGAUGUCCAACGCGCCCAUCAAAUAA